AUGCAGAGACGACCACGGCGCACCUUUCUACGUCAGGUUUUACCUCUGGGAAGCUGGACAGCCGGCAGCAUCCUCUGCUGGCUGCCAGGCGUCGCCCAGUUUACGAGACAUUUUAGAAACGAUCCGAGCUCGACGAAGACGAGCAAAACACGAGCGAUCUCCGAGACCUGGCGCAGUUGCUUCGGGAACGAAAGCGAUGGGCGUUGA